AUGCGUUACGCCGCCUCCUUCGCCCUGGCUCUCGCCAGCAUUUCUCUCAGCAGUGCAGCGCCCCUCGAGCCCCGCCAAAACGCCUGCUUCGUGACCGGCAACGAGGCGCUCCCCGCCGAGGUUCAGGACUCCGUCACGGCGAUCCAGUCAUCCGUGACCUGCGGGUCCGGCACGACCAUCGACAACGUCCCCGACGUGACGUCCGGCUCCACGACGUUCAGCGACGUCGACUUCUCCAAGUCCUCGUCGAGCCCGCUGCAGUUCGCCCUCGACACCUUCGCCACGCCCGCGGACCCGGCCACCGCCGACCUGGCGACCCUGCAGGACCAGCUCAACGUGUACCUGGCCACUGAGGCCGGCCUGCGCAGUGUUGGUGGUAGCCUGGCUAUCAAAGUGCCCAAGUUCUUCCUGGCCAUGCAGGUUAGCAGGGUCCAGACGGCUCAGGGCAACCCGCCUGCUGCUGCGGGUCAGCAAGUCGAUCACCUCAGGGACAAGGUCCUGAAGAACGGGGCCGGUGAGGAUCAGGCACUUCUGGACCAGGUCACCCAGCUGGCAGCUACGACCUAG